CGUGUGUUUUAUUUUAAAUUUUACUUACCUUUAAAGGGUAUUUUAAUGUGUAUUCGUUCAUUAUGUGGAAACAGUUUUCUAAAUUAUUAUAUAGGACGAAAUCAAAUUACGUAAUAAUCAAUCAAAUUAACAAAUCUUUUCAAUUUUGCACUUGUCUUAGAAUAUUCAAAUCAGAUGUUCAUAAAAUAAGAGUGGUUUCGUGUUUACAUUUUAAGAGAAAUAUAAGUAGCAGUUUGAUAUUAUAUGAAGAUGAAGAUGCCGAUUUAUAUAAGUAUCUUAUCGACGAUUCUAUCGACGUUACGAAAGAUGAGCAAGAUGAAUUUGAAUUAGACAGGGUAUUUAUUCUUCCAAGAAUAAGACCAUUGUUUGGUCAUAAAGUAUUCGUUAUUCAGCCUAGAAUCAAAUGGGGACCGAAGAAAAAAUGGAAUACUACGUCUGAACUACAAUUAGCUGAAGCUGUAACUUUAGCUGAAACUAUUCCAGAUUGGAUAGUUGUAGAAAAGAUUAUUCUAAAUUGUAUAAAUUUAGACAAAAAAUUUUUAUUUGGUUCUGGAAAUCUGAAAAAAUUAAAAGAAAUUACCUACAGAAAUCCAACAGUUUCUGCUAUAUUUAUCAGUACUUAUAUGUUAACUGUAUUACAACGUAAAUCACUAGAAAAAGAAUUUCAACUCCCUAUCUAUGACAGAUACACGGUUGUUCUUCAUAUUUUUCAAGAUCAUGCUCGUACGAAACAAGCUAAAUUACAAAUUGCUCUAGCAGAAAUUCCAUACUUGAGUCUUACAACUAUGGUGAAAUACAUAAGUAAAACAUCUCUUAUAAAAGCAUUAACAGGUGAUGUUAAAUUAGAACCGAAAGAUCAGCUUUUUGCUACAUUAGAUGUUACUACCCAUGCUGGGAGAUUAUUUUCACUGCAAAAAAUACUUUAUGUUGAUACAAUUGGUUUUAUCUCUGAUAUACCAACUACAUUAAUUGAAUCAUUUGCUGCAACAUUAGAGGAUAUGGUUCUUUCUGAUGUAAUCGUUCACGUUCGUGAUAUUAGUCAUCCCGAUCAAAUUGCUCAGAAAGAUAAUGUUCUAAAUACAUUAGAAAAUUUGAAUUUACCUUCUUCCUUAUUAGAUUCUAUAAUUGAAGUAGGAAAUAAAGUUGAUUUAUUAAAAAGCAAUGUUUCCAAAGUUCAUUCGGAAGCAUUGCUGAACGAUGUUUUGUUAGAUCAAGAACCUUUUGAAAGUUCAUCUAGAAGUCACAAAGCAAGUAGUUGUUAUUCCAAAUCUUCUGAUUCUCCUGUGCAAGAAAAGAAAAAAAGUGAGGAACCUGAAUUGAGAGAAACUUUAUUUGAACAUUAUAAAAACAGAAAUAAGAAAAAGGGAGGUAAAACAUCUCUUAUAAAAGCAUUAACAGGUGAUGUUAAAUUAGAACCGAAAGAUCAGCUUUUUGCUACAUUAGAUGUUACUACCCAUGCUGGGAGAUUAUUUUCACUGCAAAAAAUACUUUAUGUUGAUACAAUUGGUUUUAUCUCUGAUAUACCAACUACAUUAAUUGAAUCAUUUGCUGCAACAUUAGAGGAUAUGGUUCUUUCUGAUGUAAUCGUUCACGUUCGUGAUAUUAGUCAUCCCGAUCAAAUUGCUCAGAAAGAUAAUGUUCUAAAUACAUUAGAAAAUUUGAAUUUACCUUCUUCCUUAUUAGAUUCUAUAAUUGAAGUAGGAAAUAAAGUUGAUUUAUUAAAAAGCAGUGAAAGGGAAAAAGACUUAUUAUAUAUAUCAGCAACUAGAUUUGAUGGUCUGGAUAUUCUGAAAAAAAUGAUUGAAGAUAAACUGAUGGAAAAUACAGGAAGACUUGUGAAAGUUUUCAGAGUACCUUCUGGAGGAAUGGAAAUGAGCAAUGUUUCCAAAGUUCGUUCGGAAGCAUUGCUGAACGAUGUUUUGUUAGAUCAAGAACCUUUUGAAAGUUCAUCUAGAAGUCACAAAGCAAGUAGUUGUUAUUCCAAAUCUUCUGAUUCUCCUGUGCAAGAAAAGAAAAAAAGUGAGGAACCUGAAUUGAGAGAAACUUUAUUUGAACAUUAUAAAAACAGAAAUAAGAAAAAGGGAGGUAAAACAUCUCUUAUAAAAGCAUUAACAGGUGAUGUUAAAUUAGAACCGAAAGAUCAGCUUUUUGCUACAUUAGAUGUUACUACCCAUGCUGGGAGAUUAUUUUCACUGCAAAAAAUACUUUAUGUUGAUACAAUUGGUUUUAUCUCUGAUAUACCAACUACAUUAAUUGAAUCAUUUGCUGCAACAUUAGAGGAUAUGGUUCUUUCUGAUGUAAUCGUUCACGUUCGUGAUAUUAGUCAUCCCGAUCAAAUUGCUCAGAAAGAUAAUGUUCUAAAUACAUUAGAAAAUUUGAAUUUACCUUCUUCCUUAUUAGAUUCUAUAAUUGAAGUAGGAAAUAAAGUUGAUUUAUUAAAAAGCAGUGAAAGGGAAAAAGACUUAUUAUAUAUAUCAGCAACUAGAUUUGAUGGUCUGGAUAUUCUGAAAAAAAUGAUUGAAGAUAAACUGAUGGAAAAUACAGGAAGACUUGUGAAAGUUUUCAGAGUACCUUCUGGAGGAAUGGAAAUGAGGUGGCUUUAUAAAGAAGCUAAUGUUAAAGCAACAAUAGCAGAUACUACAGAUCCAAACUUUUUAUUAAUGGAAGUAGUGAUAUCACAAGCAGUACUGUCGAAAUACAUUCAUAAUUUCGGCAAUAGUGCAAUAAAUCAAUAA